GGAGAGAAAAAAAAAGGAUAUAUAAGCUUGGCUCCCUGCUUCCCCCGCUCCUCCCGCUCCUGUCAAGCUUCAACGGAGUUUACUUUGCCUCCGUAUGCUGAAUGCAUCUACCUAUCUAUCCGUUCAUCCAACGUAGUGCUGCCUUGUGUUGCCCAUCCCUAACGCGCCUCUCUUCUGCCCCGUCCAUGCCAUCGGCCAUUGCUUGACCCCACGCAGCCCUUCCUGUGCCCACUGGCAGCUCCUUGCUUCCAUCUCCCGCCAGUCAACCUCCCUGUAGCAUGGACCGUCGACAGUCCUACAUCUCCGAUGACCAGGAACUGGCCCGUCUCGGAAAGAAACAAGUCCUCGCCCGUCGCUUCGGUUUCUGGUCCCUGUUCGGUUUUGCCGUCUGCGAACUCAUCACCUGGGAGACGGUCCUGGCCCUGUUCGGCCAGGGCUUCGAGAAUGGUGGCCCUGGCGGUCUUGUCUACGGCUUCAUCAUCGCUUGGGGCUCCACCCUGUCCGUGUACACGGUCAUCUCGGAGCUGGCUUCCAUGGCGCCCAUCGCUGCCGGCCAGUACUACUGGUCGUACAUUAUGGCUCCCCCGCGUGCUCGUGUGUUUGUGAGCUACAUCAUCGGCUGGUUGACCACGCUUGCCUGGAUCGCGACGGUGGCUACCGAGUGCAUGUUCGCUGGUACCAUGUUGCAGGGUCUGCUUGUCAUCGACUACCCAGACUACUCCCCCAAGCGCUGGCAGGGUACCCUGUUGACCUGGUUGGUGGUGCUGGUGUCUGUUUUCUUUAAUGUCAUCAUCCCCGCUGCCCUGCCGCGUAUCGAGAUCGGGACUGUCGUCUUCCACAUUGCCGGGUUUAUCUCCAUCAUCACCGUGCUCUGGUGCUUCUCCCCGCGUCAUUCGGCGGAUUUUGUCUUCGCGACGAGCAUGAACGAGGGCGGAUGGUCCACGCAGGGCCUGUCGUACUGCGUCGGGUUCAUGGGUAAUGUCGCGACGUUUGUCGGUGCCGAUGCCAGCGUUCAUCUGGCUGAGGAGGUCUCCGAUGCUGCUGUCAACAUACCCCGGGUUAUUACUAUCAGCAUGUUGAUGAAUGGGAUCAUUGGCUUCGCGAUGAUGGUCACCCUGCUGUUCUGUCUGGGCGAUGUCGACACUGUUCUCAACACUACGACUGGGUUUCCUUUUAUCCAGGUUUUUCACGACAACAUCAAGAGCAUCCCCUGGGCCACCGUUAUGGGUGCCAUCAUCCUCAUCCUCACCUGGGCCUGCGCAACGGGCAUCACCACCUCCGCCUCCCGGAUGACCUGGGCCUUUGCGCGAGACAGAGGCGUCCCCUUCGCAUCGACACUGAUGAAGGUCGACCGUCGCACGCGCGUCCCCAUCAUCGCCGUCGGAGUCGUCGUCAUGUUCGCCUGUCUCCUCUCGCUGAUCUAUAUCGGCUCGUCGGUGGCAUUCAACGAUGUCAUCUCCCUGACGAUCACCGGUUUCUACGGGUCGUACCUCGUCCCGUCUGCGUUUCUUCUUUAUCAUCGUGUAUGGGGGCAUAUCCUCCCGCACGAGGCGAUGCUCGUCGACGGACAGCCUACCACGGCGGAGCAGGCAGGGGAUGCUCAAUCCCUCAAGACCCCAGUUAUAGAAGAGAAAAAGACAUCCCCCUCCCCCUCCACCUCCCAACAACCGGAUGAACAAGACAACGACAACAACAGCAACAGCAACUCGGAUCUGAUAGCCUACGCACCGGGCCAGCUCUUCUGGGGCCCCUGGAAAGUCCCGGGUCUCCUCGGCACCCUCAACAACGCCUACGCAUGUCUGUACAUGAUCUUCGUUAUCUUCUGGAGCGUCUGGCCGCCCUCGCAGCAGGUCACUGCGUCGACGAUGAACUACAGCAUUCUCGUCACGGGUGGCGUGAUUCUGUUCAGUGUGUUCUGGUACUAUGUUCGUGGGCAUAAGGAGUAUGUUGGUCCGUUGGUGGAGAGGGAGGUUGUGGCUCUUUCGGGGAUUCUCAGGGAGGUUGUAUAGCCUGUCCAUAUAUGCUCUGUAUAUACUCUGUGUAUAUCGUAGAAUAUUAACUCAUUAGUAAG